GUAAAACGCCAUGUACCCGAAAGUAACAAUUUUUAUUUUCUUUCGUUUUAAAGGUCAGUUUCAAAAUUCAUGUUGUCGGGAAAUCCAUCUUCCUUCUUGGAACCGGAAAGGGGAGAUGCCGACGGACCGGCCGCGGCAUUUGGCUCCAACGACGAAGACCCUUCGAAGCUCCUCACUGUUCCAACAGCAACCGGGGGGGUUAGACACAAGUGUCCGGCAUGCUUUAAACAAUACAAGAAAAAGGAGCAUCUGGUUGAGCACAUCAAUACUUCUUACCAUUCUGUUCAUGAUCCCAAGUGUGGGGUAUGCCAAAAGCACUGCAAAUCAUUCGAAUCCCUGAGGGAACACAUCAUUGGCCCCUUGUCCAAAGCUAGCUGUUCAACAAUAUUUGCAGAAAGAGGUUGUUCUUUGUGUUUGAAAGUAUUUGACUGUUCUGAUUCCUUAAGUCAGCAUAGAGAUAUAUGUUGCCUUCCAGCUCCUGCGCCUCUGGGAACAGUGGGGGUUCCUUUUACAGAAAUUGAAUUUGACAAUUCAUCUCUAAGUGAUGUGGAUGGAUAUGGGAGUGGAAGAGAAGCAGUUGCCAUGGAUUGCGCAAUUGUAGGUGGGGGAAGUGACGGAUCGCUCGAUCUUUGUGCUAGGGUUUGCCUUGUCAAUGAAGAUGAGAAGAUAAUUUUCCACAGCUAUGUUGUACCUGAGAUUUCUAUAACUGACUAUAGGAAUGAAAUCACGGGAAUUAAAGAAGAACAUAUCAGAGAUGCAUUGCCACUUGUGGAAGUGAGGGAGAAGAUUCUGGAGAUUCUUCAUAAUGGAGAAUCCAUUUGGAAAGUGAGAAUGGGUGGUGGAAGAGCUAAGGUUCUUGUGGGGCAUAACCUUACUCGUUUCUUACAAUGCCUGGGAAUGUACUAUCCUGACGAUUUACUUAGAGAUACUGCCAAGUACCAACCUUUGGCAAAGACAAAUUUUUUCAGCCACACUUUCAAGUAUCUUACCAAGACAUAUCUGGGGUAUACCAUUCAUGAAGGGGUACACGACACAUAUCAAGACAGCGUCACAGCGAUGAGGCUGUAUAAGAGAAUGAGGUUCCAAGACCACCAUCCGGAUCAGAAUGUAAACUUGGUGGCCCCGCAAGACUCCAUGGUCUUCAGUUUAUUCAACUCAAAGCAACUAGAGAGCAUGACACCUAGCGAGCUUCUGGAGAUCUCUAAGGCGAAUUACCAGUGUUGGUGCUUGGAUUCAAGAAGAAAAUGAUCUCUACGAACCGUUUCUUAGUGUGUGAAUCUUGCACUGGAGUAUGCUUCUAGUUGAUCAAUCCUCAUGAUUGUGUUUAUCUUCUUAAAUACGUAAUUAGUAAACCCUGCAAUGUGUGAACUGGUAGCCAGUUCUGUUUCAAGUGACUAGCUCCAACUCACAGGCGCUAAUGCAUUUCGUGAUAGCACUAGACCUGGAUAUUGGAUCGAACCAGUAAAUAACCAGACCGCCCGCCCGUUUCUAUGACUCUGGACAGGAACCGGUAUCUAGAAACGGUCAAAAUGAGUUCUGGAUCCCCAAAAUAGGCCUGUACUGGUUUUCAGCCCCGGUUCUUUUUUAAAUAGGCAAAAACUGGAAUGAAAUAGGGACUGACCGAGAAUCGGAACUUGAGUGGACCACUGGACCAGACUUUUUUCACUGGUCCUGGUUAUGGAUUAAGCCACCUUAGGAUCUGGAAUCAGUUGAUCUAGAAUCAAAACUGAAUCUGGUCCACACCUAGUUAACCAAAAUAUUUUGUGGGUAGAAUAGCCAUUUGCCUCUACUUCAGCCUAGUUUGUUGAAAGUAGUUUAAGAUUUGAAGUUGCUGAAUCAAUUGCGUGCUUGCAGCAACUUCACCCACUUUAUAUUUUCCGAUGUAUCAAUAAAAGAUUGAAAA